ACGUCAUCGCCCGCCCCUUGACCCCCGGGGUGCCGCCCCCUUCCCUGCCUGCCCGUAGCCCGCGGCGCGGCGUUUCUCCGGAGGCGAUGGAGGGAUCCGAACCUGUGGCCGCACCUCGCGGGGAAGAGGCGUCCUGCUCUUCUUGGGGUGCCGCCAGUACAAAUACACAUUUGCCCGUGAUGUCAACUGAAUCUGUGGAGAUUGAUGAUGCAUUAUACAGUCGGCAGAGGUACGUUCUUGGAGACACAGCAAUGCAGAAGAUGGCCAAGUCCCAUAUUUUCUUAAGUGGUAUGGGUGGUCUUGGUUUGGAAAUUGCAAAGAAUCUUGUUCUUGCAGGAAUUAAGGCACUUACAAUUCAUGAUGUAAAGAAAUGCCAAGCAUGGGAUCUAGGAACCAAUUUCUUUCUCUGUGAAGAUGAUGUUGUUAAUAUGAGAAACAGGGCUGAAGCUGUUCUUCAACAUAUUGCAGAACUAAAUCCAUAUGUUCAUGUUACAUCAUCAUCUCUUCCUUUAAAUGAAGCUACAGAUCUCUCCUUCUUAGAUAAAUACCAGUGUGUAGUAUUGACUGAGGUCAGACUUCCAUUGCAGAAGAAAAUCAAUGAGUUUUGCCGUUCUCAGUGCCCUCCAAUUAAGUUCAUUAGUGCAGAUAUACAUGGAAUUUGGUCACAGUUGUUUUGUGAUUUUGGUGAUGAAUUUGAAGUUUUAGAUACAACAGGAGAAGAACCAAAAGAAAUCUUCAUUUCAAAUAUCACGCAAGCUAAUCCUGGCAUUGUCACCUGCCUUGAAAAUCAUCCUCACAAACUUGAGACAGGACAAUUUCUAACAUUUCGAGAAGUUAAUGGAAUGACAGGCUUAAAUGGAUCUACACAACAAAUAACUGUGCUAUCACCAUUUUCUUUUAGCAUUGGUGAUACUACAGGACUGGAACCUUAUUUACAUGGAGGCAUAGCUGUCCAAAUUAAGACUCCUAAAACAUUUUACUUUGAGUCGUUGGAGAAGCAGAUAAAACACCCAAAGUGCCUUAUUGCGGAUUUUAGCAAACCUGAGGCACCUUUAGAGAUUCACACAGCUAUGCUUGCCUUGGACCAAUUUCAGGAGAACUACGGUCGCAAGACAAAUAUUGGAUGCAAAAAUGAUGUAGAAGAGCUGUUGAAACUAGCAUCAUCUAUAAGGGAAACCUUGGAAGAGAAGCCUGAAGUAAAUGCUGACGUUGUACGUUGGCUCUCUUGGACUGCUCAAGGCUUUUUACCCCCACUUGCUGCAGCAGUAGGAGGUGUUGCCAGCCAAGAAGUAUUGAAAUCUGUGACAGGAAAGUUUUCUCCUUUGUGCCAGUGGUUAUACAUUGAAGCAGCAGAUAUUGUCGAGUUCCUAAGCAAACCGGAACGGGAAGAAUUUCUCCCACGAGGAGAUAGAUAUGAUGCCUUACGAGCCUGCAUUGGAGACACUUUGUGUCAGAAGCUACAAAAUUUGAAUAUCUUCUUAGUAGGAUGUGGAGCCAUAGGCUGUGAAAUGUUAAAAAAUUUUGCUUUACUUGGUGUUGGCACAAGCAAAGAGAAGGGAAUGGUUACAAUUACAGAUCCUGACUUGAUAGAAAAAUCUAACUUGAACAGGCAGUUCUUAUUUCGUCCUCAUCACAUACAGAAACCUAAAAGCUAUACUGCUGCUGAUGCCACCCUGAAAAUAAAUCCUCAAGUAAAAAUAGAUGCACACUUGAACAAAGUAUGUCCAGCCACUGAGGCUAUUUACAGUGAUGAGUUCUAUAAUAAACAAGAUAUAAUUAUUACAGCAUUAGAUAAUGUGGAAGCCAGGAGAUAUGUGGACAGCCGUUCUGUAGCAAAUCUACGGCCCCUCCUGGAUUCUGGAACAAUGGGCACUAAGGGACACACUGAAGUUAUUGUACCUCAUUUGACCGAAUCUUAUAGUAGUCAUCGGGAUCCCCCAGAAGAGGAAAUACCAUUCUGUACUCUGAAAUCCUUUCCAUCUGCUAUCGAACAUACUAUACAAUGGGCAAGAGAUAAGUUUGAAAGUUCCUUUUCCCACAAGCCUUCAUUAUUUAACAAAUUUUGGCAAACCUAUUCAUCUGCAGAAGAAGUCUUACAGAAGCUACAAACUGGACACAGUUUAGAAGGCUCAUUUCAAGUUAUUAAAUUACUUAGCAGAAGACCUAGAAAUUGGUCCCAGUGUGUAGAGUUAGCAAGAUUAAAGUUUGAAAAAUAUUUUAACCAUAAGGCUCUUCAGCUUCUUCAUUGUUUCCCCCUAGAUACUCGAUUAAAAGAUGGCAGUUUGUUUUGGCAGUCACCAAAGAGACCUCCCUGUCCAAUAAAAUUUGAUUUCAAUGAACCUUUGCACUUCAGUUUUCUUCUGAAUGCUGCAAAAUUAUAUGCUACAAUCUAUUGCAUUCCAUUUACAGAAAAGGACAUAUCAGCAGGUGCCCUCUUGAAUAUUCUUUCAGAAGUAAAGAUUCAGGAAUUCAAACCUUCCAGUAAGGUUGUUCAAACAGAUGAAACAGCACGGAAACCAGACCAGAUUCCUAUCAGCAGUGAAGAUGAGAGGAAUGCUAUUUUCCAACUAGAAAAGAUUAUGUCAUCUAAUGAAGCUACCACAAGUGACCUUCAGAUGGCAGUCCUUUCAUUUGAAAAAGAUGAUGAUCGUAAUGGACACAUAGAUUUCAUCACAGCUGCAUCAAAUCUUCGUGCUAAAAUGUAUAGCAUUGAACCAGCUGACCGUUUCAAAACAAAGCGCAUAGCUGGUAAAAUUAUACCUGCUAUAGCAACAACCACUGCUGCAGUUUCUGGCUUGGUUGCAUUGGAGAUGAUCAAAGUAGCUGCUGGCUGUCCCUUUGAAGCUUACAAAAAUUGUUUCCUUAACUUAGCCAUUCCAAUUAUAGUGUUUACAGAAACAUCUGAAGUAAGAAAAACUGAAAUCAGAAAUGGAAUAUCAUUUACAAUUUGGGACCGAUGGACUAUACAUGGAAAAGAAGAUUUCACCCUCUUGGAUUUUAUAAAUGCUGUCAAAGAAAAGUAUGGAAUUGAGCCAACAAUGGUGGUACAGGGAGUCAAAAUGCUUUAUGUUCCUAUAAUGCCUGGUCAUGCAAAAAGAUUGAAGUUAACAAUGCAUAAACUUGUGAAACCUACUACUGAAAAGAAAUAUGUGGAUCUUACUGUGUCAUUUGCCCCAGACACUGAUGGAGAUGAAGAUUUGCCUGGACCUCCAGUAAGAUACUACUUUAGUCAUGACACUGAUUAACAGAAGUUGUCUUAAAGUUGCUGCAGCACUUCUUUGAUUUUAGAAAGAGUGACUUAAUUCAGAGCUGCAAAAUGAGCUCAUAUUACUAAUGGAUUUCUCUUUGAGGAAACCUUAAUUUAAGGGACAUAACAUCAGGAAACUACACUGAAGAAUUGCAAAACAUUUUGGAGCAUAGUAUAUACUUGUUAUGUGGACAUGAUCACAAGCACCUUUGAAUUGGAAUGCCAUUUUAUAAUGCUUACAACAAAUUUGUGUAUUAACCUCUCUGGAUGAAUAGAAGGAAAAAAUAUGUAUCCAUGACCAGAAGAGAGAAAAGUUUAAAAAAAAUUAAAGUAACAAAUGCAACUAUCCACAAAGUUUAAUCCUAUUUUAUGAAUUUCUUAUUUGUUUACUUUUUGAGGCCUGUUUUUCUAUACAAAUAGUGUCAGGCACCCUGUACCUCUCAUGAUUAGACUUUGAAUUUAACACCAGUGGGAAGUGGAGAGAUGGUGAAUGAAGAGUAGACAUUUUAAGUUUUAUAGUUGCAGUUUACUGUCCUAUUACCUCUGCUAGUUUAACCAGAGUUUGUUAUAUCACCGUCUCCCAAAAAUCAGGAUCUUUGUUGAUAGCAUCAGUGUUGUAAGCCAUGAGCAGUAGGUCAGAUGACUAAAUGUUAACUGUAUUACAUGGACUCUGAUAACCCUCUUAGAGAAUCCGUGAAUGUGAACAGAUGUAGCUAAUCAUUUGAUUCUUCACUAUGCCGUCUCAUGUGGCCGUUUUAUUUAUUUGGAACUCUAGACCUAAUUGUCAUAGUAUGUAAGAUUAAAAGGUUUUGUGAAGGGAGUGUUUUUUAAAAGUAGUUGAAAACUAGAAAUUAAAAAAUUAUCACUAGUUGAGUCUUGGAUUUUUUUUUCCAGCAACCUAAUAAACAGGAGGGAAAAAAUUUAAUAUUUUAUGUUAAAAAAAAAACGUAUUAUUUUAUUCUGCAUUCCCAGAAAGGGAAUAAAAAUAAAAAUUUAUUUUUUUAGGUCUUUGAUGACAGAAACUUUCUGUUUUCUGAUAUGAGCUGUUGCAUAUGUUCAUAUAAGUGCUAUCAUUAAAAUGACAUAAAGUAUAAUCAACACUGUAAACUCAAUGAAAACAGCAAGUGUUUCUUUUUCUAAAACUACCGUGUAUUUUAAAGCAAGUUUAACCCACAGAAGUCAUUUUCCUCUAGUCUAGCUGCUUUUCUUCUGCUCCCCUGUUCAGACCAUUAGUAGGUACUUUGAUAAAACUAAAUUCACAUCAGUAUUACUCCAAUUAGGUAUAUUUUUAUAUCCUCAACUUUUAUUUUAUUUACAAAUACUUUAAAUGACUAUCAACCAGCUUUGUUAUUUUAUUCUUUUGUAAAAGUAUUAUCCAGUUGAGAAAAUAAAUUUCUUUAGGAGUAGAAGGUGAAAAUUGUUUGGUUAACAGAUAGAUAAUCUGUGCAUUGGGAAGUGGAGAGAAGUGGACAGGAUGAAUUUAAAGGAAAUGGCUACCUUUGAAAUAAGCAAUUAAUUUUUGGUUCCUCAUAUCCUACUCUAUCCAGUUGUGCAUAUUAGAAAUAUAAUGCUUAAAAUUAAUGUUACUUAAAAUCGAACCCAGAAACAUCAGAGUUCUAUGGCUUAGAACUUUAGAGGGAAGGAAUAAUAAAAGGAGUUUUCUGUAAGAAGCCUUUUUCCCCACUUUUAUAUUGUUUUGUGCUCCAUGAUAGUAACUGAUAUUUUCCAAGUAGCCAUUCAGUAAGUCAACUAUGACCUAAUAGCUUGCUUAUCAUUUGAUAUAAAUCUCCAAAUCUCUUCCAAAGUAAAUUUAGAAUGUGCUCUCAAUUCUUAUUUAUAUAGAACAGUGCGUUAGCAGAUACAAACAAAAUCAACAGGGAUUAAACCUGAAACCCUUUUGUUGUUGUUGUUGUGUUUUUCUGUAGGUAAUAGUUAUUGCCAUUAAUUUCUUCUGUUUAGUUCUACUAAGCUGGAAAGCCAAGAUGAAGUUAAUGACAAUUUUUUUCAUUCUCUAGUUUAUUUCUGUACUAUGAUAUUAGUACUAGUGUUUGCAAUACCAGGUGCAAAAAAUUAAUUAUUUAAUUUUGUAUGGUACCACUGAGUAAUUUUUUACUUGCUAAAAAUAAAUUAAGAAAUUUGACAAUAUCUUUGUAAAUCCAGAGAUUUCAAUUUUACUAUUUAUUUUGUUGGUAAUGUUGCUUUGGUGUUUCCUAAUUAUCAAGUUUUGCAGUCAUGGACAUACGAAGUCACUGGAUGUGGAGGGACAUUACUUAAAAGUUUAUUUGGCUCCUGGGAAGUCUAUUAAAACAAUUGGGGGUAAAUG